CAGUAGGCUCUAUAAACGCAGAAGUUUCACAGAGAUAUUCGUCUGUUAUUGAUGCAGGACUUCAGCGGAAUAAAGUGAACUUUCAUCCGAUUAAACACACAGAAAGUUUAUUUUUCUUUCGUGUUUUUCUUUUUCUUUCUUUUCUGGAGUCGCUUCAUGUGUGAGAGAACAAGUAUCGCGGGAAAUAUCGACUAUCACGAGCCAAAGCAAAUCACUGAGAGUCUUUAAAUCAGCACAGAUCUGCAUCUCAAACCGGUUCCAGACCAGCAGUUUGGAGUUGUAGUGGUGUUCAGGUAACCAUGGCGACCCGAGGCCACACCUCCAGCUCAUUAAUGAGUAAUCACACAAAGGAACGAGUGACCAUGGCUAAAGUCAUGCUGGAAAACUUCUAUAGUAACCUCAUAACACAACACGAGGAGAGACAGAUGAGACAGCAAAAACUGGAGAAAGUAAUGGAUGAGGAGGGACUACCUGAUGAAGAGAAGUGUGUGCGGCGCUCUCAGCACGCUCGUAAAGAGACCGACUUCCUCCGGCUGAAGAGAACCAGACUGGGCCUGGAGGACUUUGAGUCUCUGAGGGUGAUUGGACGAGGGGCGUUCGGCGAGGUGCGUUUGGUUCAGAAGAAGGACACCGGGCACGUUUACGCCAUGAAGAUCCUUCGCAAAGCCGACAUGCUGCGGAAAGAACAGGUGGGUCACAUCCGUGCAGAGAGAGACGUCCUGGUUCAGGCAGACAGUCUCUGGGUUGUGAAAAUGUUCUUCAGUUUUCAGGAUAAAAUGAAUCUUUACUUGCUGAUGGAGUUUCUGCCUGGAGGUGACAUGAUGACUCUGCUGAUGAAGAAAGACACUCUGACGGAGGAGGAAACUCAGUUCUAUGUGGCCGAGACGGUUCUGGCCAUCGAUUUCAUCCACCAGCUGGGAUUCAUACACAGAGACAUCAAACCAGACAAUGUGCUACUGGACUCAAAGGGUCACGUCAAGCUGUCUGAUUUCGGGUUGUGUACAGGGCUUAAAAAAGCUCAUCGGACCGAGUACUAUCGGAAUCUUAAUCACAGCCAAUCCAGCGACCUCACGUUUCAGCACAUGAACUCUAAAAGAAAAGCGGAGACGUGGAAAAGAAACCGUCGACAGCUGGCCUUCUCCACCGUGGGAACGCCGGACUACAUCGCCCCAGAGGUGUUCAUGCAGACUGGCUACAACAAACUCUGUGAUUGGUGGAGCCUUGGCGUCAUUAUGUACGAGAUGCUGAUUGGUUAUCCUGUGUUCUGCUCAGAAACUCCUCAGGAGACCUACAAGAAGGUGAUGAACUGGAAAGAGACGCUGGUGUUUCCUCCAGAGGUCCCGAUCUCAGAGCGAGCCAAAGAACUGAUCCUGAGAUUCUGCUGUGAAGCUGAUCAUCGGAUCGGAGCAGCUGGUGUUGAAGAAAUCAAGAGAAACGCUUUCUUUGAAGGAGUCGAUUACGACCAUAUCAGAGAGAGACCUGCUACAAUUCCUAUUGAGAUCAAAAGCAUCGACGACACAUCAAACUUCGACGAGUUUCCAGAAUCAGACAUCUUACAGCCGACAAGUCCAGCGGUGGUGAGCAGUCGUCCGGAGUCUGAGUAUAAGAACAAGGACUGGGUCUUCAUCAACUACACGUACAAACGCUUCGAGGGUCUGACGGCCAGAGGAGCCAUUCCAUCCUACAUGAAGACGGGCAAAAGAUAAACACCUUCUUUGUUCUGUCCUCUAGACUGUAUUCCUGCUGUCUGAGCUCCUGAUAUUCAAUGAAGCGUUUCAUUGCACUACAGAAUCAUUCUAAUGAGGAUUUAGUCUUCAAGAGUCUGUACAUCAGUCUGUUCUCUUCCCAGCUGUAGAAAAACCUUCUCUUCACUGCUGGAUUUCAUUGGCAUUAUGGGCAUUUGUGCUGUACUUUAGAAUCUUGUUUUUGAAAAUCUUCCAAGACGUUUCAGGCAAAUGGCCUCAAGUUUGAAUAGAUCCCACAUGUUUGACUUUCAGUGAAGACAAUCACAUAUUUCAAUUAUCAUGACAAAUGGUGGGUGGGAUCCCAUGAAUGCACAGCAGAUGUAUAACAGUCAUGUUGUUUAUCCUUAUUCAUAUUUCUUUUAUAAUAUUUUUUAUGUCUGUAUGUUUUAAUUUCACUUAUUCUCAAGUUUCAUCGGUUCGUAACUUUAUUUGUAUAUGAAUGUGAUGGUGUCAUUGAAUUUGAUGGGUACUGAUUUCAAAGGUUCAAUCAGAGGGUCACAUGGUACAAGUGAUUCUUCUGUUUCAUUGUCUAUUGGCACUUUUCCACGGCACGUUACGGCUCGACUCACUUAACUUUUUUGAGUUUGCUUUUCCACUGCAGUUUAGUGCCGCCUCAAUGUGGGCGGGAUUAUAGGCUGAUCGUCAUAGUUACGCCGCCUCUACUGCCGUGACAUCAUCAUAAACACGACACAAACAUUACUGACCAUCAGGGCCGGUCCGACCCAGUAAACAAACUAAACAUUAGUUUAUGGCCCCGCGAUUGGUUCGGGGCCCCCCCACCACCCCCAAUUAUUACAUUCAAUUACUUUAAUCAACAGUACACACAACCGUAUCAAUGAACUAGUAUGUUUCGUUCCGUAUAUGUUUCUACAUUUCUUAAACCUAAUUUUGGAACUAGGAUGGAGGGUUUUAAAUUGUGUGGUUUCGAGAGGAUGAUGCGCGCUGCUGUUUCCGUUUCUCUACUGCCAGGAGCAGUAGCUAUGGUAACAGACGUCAUGAAGCGAACGUACCCCCCUGGAUCAGAGAAAUGCUGUUUUCCCGAAUCAGACGAUAGUGCAUUUUAAUAUUGUUUGCUACUUUUUGUGUGCUGGAUAUUUUCGUCAUUACAGCGGAAACAAAAUGAAAUUCUCCAUAAUUUUUGGGUAUACAGAUAAGUGUAAGACAUCAUCAGAGACUAUAAAGGAUCAACUUUUAUUUGUGUACACUCACAAUAACAAUAAAGAAAAUAAUACUUGAUUUCAUGUUUGUGCGAAUACUUCUCACACAAACAUGAAACAUAUGUCUUAAGAAAGCUUCAAAUGUCUACUUUUAAAUAAAACUGUUCCAUUUUAAAACAAAUAUUCUCCUGCAAUGUAAUCUGUAUGAAAGAAAGCGAUGUUAGUUGACAUGCUAUUUUAUAUAAACAUGUACAUAUUUUUUUUCUCUGGUUCAGAAACCUGUAGGGCCUCAUACACUAUUUUAGUUUAAGGCCCCCAAAACACUAGAGCCGGCCCUGAUGACCAUAAACAAUAACACAACCGUUAGCUGUUAGCUGCUAGCUCAUUGUGCUACAUAAAGCAGUUGUUGAUGGUGAUUUUACACAAGUGUAACAGUUAAAUUGGGUGUUUUAGAAGCUUCCAGCAGCUGCUCAACUAAAUAAAGUGACAAAACGUCCCAUCCUCCAUCAUGAACUCCAGCCGUGACCGAGUCCAGCGUUCUCUCCCUCCCAUAGCUCGCCGGUUUAGAUAGCGUCCAUUUGGUCCAACCACUUCCACUUUUCCUUGAUGGUUCUGUCGUCACUUUUAAGUGUUUUUAUCUUUUCCCUUCACUGUUGGUCGGUCCGGUGGAAGCCGUGUGCAUCCAACAGCUGAGACACUUCCUGAAAGACUUUAUCGUUUCGUUCGUCGCUAACGAGUGGACCGUCUGCACCUCGUUUAUUGACCAUGUCGUGGUUUUGCGCACAGACAUUUUUCUUUACAAUUCGAAAGUCGCCUGAACAAAUGAUACUGCUAUCACUGUUGCUAACUGUAAAACUGGCGGGUUCAUGUCACGUGUUGCUAAUCCAGUGACGCUGGUAGUGACGAUUCUCUCUGACCAAUCAGUGAUCUGCAGGAUUUUGACGUCACAUUUAGUAUCGGCUCGGCUCGCUUGGAAUGAGGUGGUAGUAUCAGGUACCAGGAACUAUCCACAGCGGAAAACCCCAAAAAGCGAGCAGAGUUGAGCUGUACCGUGCAGCAGAAAAGCCCCAUAAUUGAAUUUAGCAGUUAAUUUCUGUUUCUUGAUGUUUAUUUUCUUGAUAUUAUUAUGCAUUUACU